AUGACGGGGUGCCCAAGGCACCACGUGCGUCAGAGAGGUGAAGUGUUGAAGGCAUCUCUUGCUCCGAAUUAUGGAGGGGUGCCAAAUGAUGAAGCUUGUAGAACAAGCUCAAGUCCCCAAAUUUUUGCUCUUCAAAGAAGUGCUGAACGACACUUUGAAUUGAGAUCAUUCGUAGUUGCUUUAGCAAGGUAUUGCAGAACAGCCACUUGGGUGAUGUUGAUUGUAUGGGUGCUGAAGGGCACUGAAGAAAAGGAAGAACGACAAAAGCCUUUUGUCGUUUCCCACAGAAGGCGCCAAACUGUUGAUGCCCUUUUUCGGAGAGGGGAAGUGAAAGUGGGAGGUUUGUGUAGAUUUCCGAUGUGGGACUUUGUGCAAGUCGUCGUAGUGGUGACACGUGUCAUGGAGAUUAGGGGAGGAGGCGUGUCUGCCUUUGUGUUAGUUGUUUUGAGGAUGGAUAUGCUCGGUUGA